AGCACGUGGUUGUUGGUUAGAAAUGAUAAGCUUUAGAAGGUUUAAGAUACUUUUAAAAACAAAGAAAUACUUAAUUGCAAAACGAUAUAGCAGUACUGUGGGUGCAAAUUAUGAUUAUGAUCUUAUUGUAAUUGGUGGAGGUUCUGGUGGAUUAGCUUGUGCUAAAGAAGCUGGAGAAUUAGGAAAGAAGGUAGCAGUUCUAGAUUAUGUGAAGCCAACUCCUCAAGGAAGUAAAUGGGGAUUAGGUGGAACAUGCGUCAAUGUUGGAUGUAUCCCUAAAAAAUUAUUUCAUCAUGGUUCGUUGCUUGGAGAAAUGAUAAAACAUUCAAGAAGUUAUGGCUGGAAUGUGUCAGAAAUAGUUGAGCACAAUUGGGAAAUUCUGCAACAAAAUGUGAAUAGCUACAUUAAAUCAUUAAAUUGGGGGCAUAGAGUUCAGCUGAAAGAAAAAAAUGUUGAUUAUAUUAACGCUAAAGGAUCUUUUGUAGAUGAACAUACUAUAACUGCUGUGGGAGAUAAGAUAAAUAAAAAGUUAACUGCCCAUAACUUUGUUAUAGCGGUUGGAGGAAGACCAAAUUAUCCAGACAUUAAAAGUGCUAAAGAAUAUGGAAUUACAAGUGAUGAUAUAUUCUUAUUAAAAAAACCUCCUGGUAAAACGUUAAUAAUUGGUGCCAGUUAUGUGGCAUUAGAAUGUGCAGGAUUUCUUACUGGCUUAAAUUUCGAUACAACACUGCUUGUGAGAUCUAUUUUCUUAAGAGGUUUUGAUCAGGAAAUGGCACAACUUGUUGCUGAUAAUAUGAAAUCUAAAGGAACACACAUUUUUCAAUAUUAUAACAUAAAAAAAAUUAACAAGCUUGAAAAUUCAAAAUUAGAAGUUUUGUGGCAAGAUAAAGAUGGAAAAGAAGGAAAAGAUACAUUUGAUACAGUUCUUUUUGCAACUGGACGAAAAGCACAGACUGAUAAUCUGAAUCUUGAAAAAAUAGGAGUAAAAGUAGACAAGGAAAGCAGAAAGAUUAUAGGAGAAAAUGAGCAAUCAUCAAUUCAUAACAUUUAUGCUAUUGGUGAUUGCUUGAAAGAUAAACCUGAGUUAACUCCUGUUGCAAUUAAAGCUGGAAGAUUACUUGCUCAAAGAUUAUUUAGUAAUUCAACCAUUCAAAUGGAUUAUAAUAAUGUGCCAACAACUGUUUUUACACCUUUAGAAUAUGGUUGUGUUGGUUUUUCAGAAGAAACAGCUGUUAAAUUACAUAAAGAGGAGAAAAUUGAAAUAUAUCAUGCUUUUUACAAACCAUUGGAAAGCGUAGUGACAGGAGAGGAAACAUCUCAUUGUUAUAUUAAAGCAGUGUGUCUAAGAGAUGCUCCUCAAAAAGUUCUGGGUCUACAUAUUACUGGACCACAUGCAGGGGAAAUUAUUCAAGGUUUUGCUACAGCAAUGAAAUGUGGUAUGACAAAACAGCACUUGGAUCAAACAGUUGGAAUUCACCCGACAACUGCCGAAGAGAUAGUUAAAUUAAAUAUUACAAAAAGAUCUGGUAAAUCUCCAAUAGUAACUGGCUGCUGAGGUUAAUUCAUCCUUUCUUUAUUAAUAUUAUGGAAUUUUUCUAUCAGUUUGACAUAAAAAUAAAAAUAUUUAACAAUUAGUCUAAAUCAACAAGAUACUGUGUGUCUGUCUUCUUGUUGAUUUAGACUAAUUGUUAAAUAGUUUUAAGGGCUAAAUGCGAUAUAUUAUUUCAUAAAAAUAUUUCCAUAAUUAGCAAAUAAAGAAAAGGAUGAAAUCUUUGAUAUUUUUUCUAUAUUUUUAAUCUGUGUGAUAUCAAAAUUUCAAAGUCAUUUGAAGAAAUUUUGAUUGAUGAAAGAUUAUAUAGCAGUAAUAAAAACUUGUAUAUAAUAAUAAAAUUAUAGAUUUAAUUACUUUGAUGAAUCUGGCCCAUGGGCACAGAUCAAGACAUUAUUCCUCAACUCCGCAUCGAUGCUGAUCACACUGGUGAAGUUAGGCUUGUCUAUGUUUAUAACUGUGAUUGGCCAUAUAACAUUAAUGUAGUGGUGCAUGACAUCACCAAUCAAUCAAUUUACUUAACUUAAAUAAUUUAUUGUAAAGUUUAAUUAUUGAAAAAAUAAAUAUAUAUAUUUUUUAAU